AUGCCCAUAAAUUACGGGGCCACUGAUGAAAAUGAAAACGGGGUGAACAGUGAAACAAAAGAAGUCACCGAAGAUGAGUUUACUAUCAGCGUUCCGUUGAAGCGGCGAAGAUGGUGGGUGAUCAGUCAGAAGUUUCUCUUUGGAUUUGGUCACGUUUACAACGAUCUCUGUGCCGCGAUGUGGUUCUCGUACAUGAUGCUCUUCCUCCAGGCUGUUCUGGAAAUGAGGGCUGUAGUCGCAGGCGCCAUGUUGCUUUUGGGACAAGUUGUAGACGCGUUAGCUACACCUGUGGUCGGUGUAUUGGCUGAUCAGUAUAGUACGAAGAAAGUGUGGCAUUUGACAGGUUCUGCCUUGGUAGCUUGUACGUUUCCAUUACUGUUCGUACGAUGUUGGGGCUGCUGGUUGCGGAACGACCUCGAUUACCUAUCGUGGUGGAUGCCCUUUUAUUACGCCGUACUCAUAACUAUAUUUCAAAUUGGAUGGGCCGUAGUACAGAUAUCACACUUGGCCAUGAUACCAGCCAUAUCUGAUAGUUUGCAAGUCCGUUCGGAACUGACGUCUAUACGUUAUAUGGCUUCUGUGAUAUCGAGCUUGACCGUGUACUUUAUAACUUGGAUUGUUCUAAGAGCAACUACGUAUAGCACAUCCAUCGGACCCACUGAUGACUAUAAGUUUCGGAAUGUAUCGUUAAUAAUUUCCGUAAUCGGUGUCCUGUGCUUUACUUCAUUCCACAUAUUCUUCAAACUUCGCUCCAAAAAAGAUCGGAAAACCAUCAAAAUGGAUUCCGAGACGGGAGAGGAGAAUCUAUUGAAGAAUACCAAAUGGAAAUUCUGGUACUUCCUGAAAAUGCCCCUGCUGUAUCAAACUAGUUUGUUGUACGUGUUUUCUCGCCUGUAUUGGGCACUAAGCUUGGUUUACGUGCCGUUGUUUCUAGAGGAACGGUUAUCUGUAAACCCAACUGAGGGAUCGGAACUAGUAGCCAGCGUACCGCUCGUUCUGUACAUAUCUUCCUUGUUGUUCUCGUUCCUUCUAAAGAGCAAUAUUGAGAAAAUCGGUAACCAGGUGGCCUAUUUAAUAGGGAGUUUAUUUAGCUUGAUCAGUUGUAUUUGGAUAGCUGUGACCAUUGAUCCAGAGGCUAACGUAACACAAAUAUAUCUCGUUGCUACUCUAAUAGGCGCCGGUAGUGCCAUAACUUUAGUCUCCAGCCUCUGCGUAACAGCAGAUCUGAUUGGGCCACAUUCUCAUCAAGGAGCUUCGAUUUAUUCGAUUGUCACUUUUGCUGAUAAACUCGUCACGGGCAUCGCUGUGGUCGCUAUUGAAAACUACAAGUGUGAUGUUGAAACAGAAUGUCCACAGUACUAUAGAGGCGUUCUAACUUAUGCCUGCGGAGGAAGUGCUGUUUUAGGAAUAUUAUCACUCUGCUUAACGGCCUUUGGAAGAGAUAAGAAGAACCAUACGUAA